AUGACUAAAGCCACUAUAGAUUGGAAUAAUUCUGAAAUUAAAAGUAAUUUUCAAAAAUUGGUAGAUAAUAUUAAAAAGAAUAAUAAAGCUGUAAACACUGUAUUCACCAGACCCCAAAUCAACGAUAACUCUUCAGAAAUACUUAAACGUCUCUCUAAGGGUUUAAGAAAAAAUGUUACCUGUGACUUUGAUGCUUCUUCUGCUGAUUACACAUUUAAAUCUUAA